AUGGCUACUUUAAUAGGAUGUACGUCUGCCCCAAAACCACAAACAAGAACAGUAAACAUUGGUCAUAAACAUCCUAGUACAGAAGAAGUUUACAUUCCAGAAUCUUUUCCUGAUAAUAGAGUCAUAUCUUCCAAGUAUACAGUAUGGAAUUUUUUACCAAAGAAUUUAUUUGAACAGUUUAGAAGAAUAGCGAACUUUUACUUUCUAUGUAUUGGUGUUGUUCAGUUAUCUAUAGAUACACCAGUCACUCCUGUUACCAGUAUAUUACCGUUGGUAUUUGUUAUUAGUGUAACAGCUUUUAAACAGUAUACAGUAUGGAAUUUUUUACCAAAGAAUUUAUUUGAACAGUUUAGAAGAAUAGCGAACUUUUACUUUCUAUGUAUUGGUGUUGUUCAGUUAUCUAUAGAUACACCAGUCACUCCUGUUACCAGUAUAUUACCGUUGGUAUUUGUUAUUAGUGUAACAGCUUUUAAACAGGGUUAUGAAGAUUGGUUAAGACAUAAAGCUGAUAAAGAGGUUAACAGUCGACCUGCUUGUGUUCUACGUGAUAAACAACUAUUAAUGGUUAAAUCUAUGCAUAUUAAGGUUGGUGAUAUAAUAAAAGUAAAAUGUAAUGAUGGAUUCCCCUGUGAUUUAUUAUUAUUGUCAUCAUCUAAUAAAGAAGGAGAAUGUUAUAUAACUACAGCUAAUUUAGAUGGUGAAACUAAUCUCAAGACCCAUAGUUGUGUACCAGAAACACGUCACCUUCAAAAUGAGACAGAGUUUGAUAAUUUUGAAGGUUUUGUAGAAUGUGAACAACCUAAACCUGAUUUAUAUCGAUUCAUUGGUAAUAUUCAUCUACCUCAAUCAGGUCAACAAAACCUUAUCAAAUCAUUAGGACCAGAAAAUAUGUUACUACGAGGAGCUAGAUUAAAAAAUACCUCAUAUAUCUAUGGUUGUGCGAUUUAUACUGGUCAAGAAUCCAAGAUGGCACUAAAUUCCAAAUUUAAACAGACCAAAUUUUCUAGAGUUGAAAAGUCCAUGAAUAAUUUUUUAUUGACAUUCCUGUUAGUGUUAUUAAUAGAAUGUGCUGUGUCUACAGGGUUAAAAUUCUGGUAUACAGAGAAUCAUAAGUUACCCUGGUAUAUACCCAAGGGUAGUGGUGACAAUGCCACUGCGUUGGAUAUAUUAAAAGAUUUUUUAGCUUAUAUGGUUUUAUAUAAUUAUAUCAUUCCUAUAUCUUUAUAUGUUACUGUUGAAUUACAGAAGUUUAUUGGGUCCAUGUUUUUUAGUUGGGAUAAAGAAAUGUAUGAUGAGAAAAUGAAUUUAGCUGCUAGAGCUAAUACAUCAGAUCUUAAUGAAGAAUUAGGACAGGUAGAAUAUCUGUUCACUGAUAAAACUGGUACAUUAACAGAGAAUGAUAUGAAGUUUCGACAAUGUUCUAUUGAUGGUAAAUUAUAUGAGGAAGUAUCAGGUAGACUUUAUACUAGUAGUAAUGGUGAUCAACAAUCUGAAUAUGUGGCUCAGUAUUCUACUAAAAUGGAGGAGUUUUUUCGAGUGUUAUGUCUAUGUCAUACAUGUAGAGUUGAUGUACCUACAUCAUUUAAAGAUGAUUCAUUAGGAGCCUCUAGUAUAUAUCAUUAUGAAUAUGAAUACCAAGCUUCAUCACCUGAUGAAAAAGCCUUUGUUGAAGCUUGCAGCAGAUAUGGUAUAGUGUAUCAUGGUAUUAAUGAUGACUAUAUGGAGGUUUCAUUUCAACAAGAUAUGAAAAGAUAUCAGUUAUUACAUACAUUAGAAUUUGAUGCUGAUAGAAAGAGAAUGAGUGUUAUAGUUAAGUGUGAUAAUGGAGAUAUAUUCCUGCUAUGUAAAGGAGCUGAAUCAACAGUACUAGAUAAAGUGAUAUCAGGUGAUAUUAUAUCAACACGACGCCAUAUUGAUCAUUUUGCUAUGCUUGGUUUGAGAACAUUAGCUUUAGCACAAAGACAACUAACACAAGACACGUAUAAUGAAUUUGAUAAAUUGUUACAUAGUGCUAGAACGGCUUUACAGAAUAGACAACAACGGCUUUCUGAAGCAUUUGAAUUUGUUGAGACUGAUUUACAUGUACUGGGUGCUACAGCAGUAGAAGAUAGAUUACAGGAAGAUGUUCCCAAAACCAUUACAUCUCUAAGACAUGCUGGUAUUAAGAUUUGGGUAUUAACUGGUGAUAAAGAAGAAACAGCAGUUAAUAUCAGUUAUUCAGCUGGACAUUUUAAACAAGGAAUGAAUGAAUUACAUCUAACAAAAAUAGAGGAAUCAAUGUUCUGUGCUGAGAAACUAAGACUUCAUCUGAUAAGUAUUGAAGAAGGACCAGUCAAUAUGCAGUAUGCAUUAAUAGUUGAUGGCAGCACAUUAAUUUUUAUAUUUGAACAAUACUGUGAUAUGUUUCUAAAACUAUGUAAGAAAUGUGUAGCUGUCUUAUGCUGUAGAAUGUCUCCUAUACAAAAGGCUGAGAUUGUACGAUUGAUUAAAACUAGUAAAGAUAAACCAGUAACAUUAGCUGUUGGAGAUGGUGCUAAUGAUGUUAGUAUGAUACAAGAAGCAGAUAUUGGAAUAGGUAUAAUGGGAAAAGAAGGAAGACAAGCUGUUAGAUGUAGUGAUUAUGCUUUUGUUAAAUUUAAAUUUUUAAUGAGAGCUCUGUUAUUACAUGGUCAUUAUUAUUACAUCCGCAUAGCAACUUUAGUCCAGUAUUUUUUUUAUAAGAAUGUAGCCUUUAUAACAAGCCAAAUUUAUUUUGGUGUCUAUUCCCAAAUAUCUGCGCAGCCAUUAUUUGAUAGUUAUUAUUUAUUGUUUUAUAAUAUAUGUUUUACCUCCCUACCUAUUUUAUUCUAUGGAAUAUUUGAACAACAUAUACCACAAGAUACUUUAUUAGAAAAACCACAUUUAUAUCAACGAAUCACCAAGAAUGAAUACUUGUCCUGGAAGAAUUUUCUGAAAUGGAAUCUGUUGGGUGUAUGGCACAGUCUGGUGUUUUAUUUUGGUGUUUUUUAUGUCUUUCAAUAUGAAUCCUCUACAUUCCACUCAGGAAAAAUGCUAGGACUAGCUUGUUUUGGUUCUAUUGUAUUUACUGUUUGUACUAUAGCAGUUAAUGUCAAGCUUUGUUUAGAGACAUAUUAUUUUUGUUUUGCAACAUAUUUUGGUUAUAUAUUUGCUGGUAUAGGCUGUUUAGCUUUGACUUUCUUAUACAGUGGAGUCAUUUGGCCAAGCUGGAUGUUAAGUAGUCAAUCUAUGUAUUUUGUGAUAUUUGAAAUGUUAAAAAGUGGACCAGUAUGGUUAAUGAUGUUACUGUUAGUGAUAACAGCUCUGUUACCUGAUAUCAUAAUACGCUGUGUUAGAGAUAUACGCAAUCAUCUUAGUCAAACUAAAAAGAGAAGUGAUACCGGUGAAUCUGUGUUAUUAAAACCAUAUCAGACCAAUGGUAAACUUAGUUUUGAUUUAUCUAUAUAGUGAUGAAUAGCAGACAUUAUUCCUUUCUUACAUAAUGAUGAUACAUCAUGCCUGUUUUACAUAAUGAUGAGUAACAUACAUAAUGCCCUCUUUACCUGAUGAGAAACAGACAUUCAGCAUGCUAUACAUAGUUAUGUUUUAUAUAAUGAUAAGAAACAG